CUCUUCAAGCAACAAAAAAUGGAUCCACUAAACAAGAAAACAGAGUUGGUUUUCAUUCCUGUUCCUGGUAUGGGCCACCUAGUACCCACACUUGAGAUGGCAAAGGUCCUAAUAGCUAGAGAUGAACAUCUCGUCAUUACAGUCCUCGUAAUCAAGCUGCCUUCUGACAACAAACUCAGCUCAUAUAUUGAAUCAGUUUCGACAAACCCAAACUACAACUCUCAAAUGAAGUUCAUUGAACUCCCUCAAGAUGAGUCCAGCUUACAGUCAAUCACAAACACAACUUUCAUCACAUUUUUAUCCAGUCAUAAGCCUCAAGUCAGAAAUUCUGUGAUUGAAAUCUUGAAUUCAGGAUCAAAUCGUCUUGCGGGCCUUGUUAUUGACAUGAUGUGUACAGCAAUGAUAGAUGUGGCCAAUGAAUUUGGACUCCCGACAUAUGUUUUCUACACGUCUGGUGCUGCCAUGCUUGGUCUUCAGCUUCAUUUGCAGAGUCUCAGGGAUGAUUUUAACCAAGAUGUGACAGAAUACAAGGAUGAUCCAGAAGCAGAGCUUUCGGUGACAACGUAUGGAAACCCAUUUCCAGCUAAAUGUUUGCCAUCUAUAGCCUUUGACAAGGAUGGUGGUUCCACAAUGUACCUUGAUCUUUCUAAAAGGCUUCGAGAAGCUAAAGCUAUUCUAGUCAACACUUUCUCCGAAUUCGAAUCUCAUGCUGUCAAAUCCCUCUCCAUCGAUGAGAAAAUCCCACUUGUAUACCCAGUCGGACCCUUGCUAAACCUUGAUAACGAUCACGGUAACAAUCAAGAUUCUUCUCAACAUCAAACUAUAAUCAACUGGUUAGAUGAUCAACCCGAUUCAUCAGUAGUGUACCUCUGCUUUGGAAGCUUAGGAAGUUUCAACGAGGAGCAAAUAAAGGAAAUUGCAUAUGCUUUGGAGAAGAGCGGAUGUCGAUUCUUGUGGUCCCUAAAGAAGCCUUUGGCUAAAGAUACAUUUUUUCCAGCUGCUUAUGAUAAUCCAGAAGAUGUUUUGCCUGAGGGGUUCUUGCAAAGAACGGAAGCGAUUGGGAAGGUGAUAGGAUGGGCACCCCAGGUGGCUAUCUUGAGUCAUGAUGCUGUAGGAGGCUUUGUGUCACACUGUGGGUGGAAUUCGACUUUAGAGAGCAUUUGGUUCGGAGUACCACUGGCAACUUGGCCAAUAUAUUCGGAGCAGCAAGCCAAUGCAUUUCAAUUGGUGAAGGAUUUAGAGAUAGCAGUGGAGAUUAAGAUGGAUUAUAGGAAGGAUCUCAGAGGGACUGAAUCGAACGUUAUAGUAAAGGUAGAGGAGAUAGAGAAAGCAAUAAAGCAGCUGAUGGAGCCUGAAAAUGAAAUAAGGUUGAAAGUGAAAGACAUGAAGGAGAAGAGCAGAUUGACGCUCAAAGAAGGUGGAUCUUCCUACAACUCUGUUGGAUAUUUUAUCGAACAGGUGAUGGAUAUCACUAAUUGAGAAACAAUCUUAAACCGUGACAUGACUACUGGAAAACAAUAUAUUUUCUUCUACAAUUUGAUUGGGUCUUCGAGACUCAGACCACUGCAUUCUCAUUUUAGUAAUGUAAUUUUCGUGUGAAAUUUUUAGUGGAAGUAUACUGUAUUAAAA